AGGACAGAUCUGAAUCCUCCAGCACACACAGCAGAGACCGCUGCUCCCAGGGCCACAUUCCUCCAGCACCAACCAGACCUCAAGCAAGGGAGCAAAAGAAACGCCUCAGAAAGGGGAAAGUCACUGUAGGGGUGUUUGGAUGGGAAGAGCAUUAGGUUUUAUCUCCUAAUGAUCACUGUCUUUUCUUCCUUGGGUAUUCCCCUUUUUCCAGGAGACCCUGAGUCCAAGAGGCAUCAGAUGUCCAACAGCAGCUCCAUCACUGAGUUCCUCCUCCCGGCAUUCGCAGACACGUGGGAGCUGCAGCUCCUGCACUUCGCACUCUUCCUGGGCAUCUACCUGGCUGCCCUCCUGGGCAACGGCCUCAUCCUCACUGCCAUAGCCUGCGACCACCGCCUCCACAACCCCAUGUACUUCUUCCUCCUCAACCUCGCCCUCCUCGACCUGGGCUGCAUCUCCACCACUGUCCCCAAAGCCAUGGCCAAUUCCCUCUGGGACACCAGGGCCAUUUCCUACUCGGCAUGUGUUUCACAGGUCUUUCUUUUUUCCUUUCUGAUAUCAGCAGAGUAUUUUAUUCUCACCGUCAUGUCCUAUGACCGCUAUGUUGCCAUCUGCAAGCCCCUGCACUAUGGGAGCCUCCUGGGCAGCAGAGCUUGUGCCCAGAUGGCAGCAGCUGCCUGGGGCAGUGGGGCUCUCUAUGCUCUGCUGCACACUGCCAAUACAUUUUCCCUGCCCCUCUGCAGAGGAAAUACCCUGGACCAGUUCUUCUGUGAGAUCCCCCAGAUCCUGAAGAUCUCCUGCUCACGCUCCUACCUGAGGAGUUUUUGGGUGCUUGUGAUUGGUGUCUGGUUAACGUCCGUGUGCUUUGUUUUCAUUCUUUUUUCUUAUGUGCAGAUCUUCAGGGCUGUGCUGCGGAUGCCCUCAGACCAGGGGCGACACAAAGCCUUUUCCACAUGCCUCCCUCACCUGUUUGUGGUCUCCCUGUUUAUCAGCACCUGCUUCUUUGCCUACCUGAAGCCCCCCUCCAUCUCCUCUCCAUCCCUAAACCUGGUGAUGGCAGUUUUGUACUCAGUGAUGCCUCCAACAUUGAAUCCCCUCAUCUACAGCAUGAGAAACAGGGAGCUCAAGUGGGCUAUUAGGAAAGUGACUUCAUGGAUGUUUCUGAAUAGUGACAAAUUUCCCCUCUUUUUCCAGAAAUGACUUAACUUGGUACCUCCCCUCAGGCCUGGUCCAUCUUUCAUUGUCAAUAUUGUUAUUAUUCUC